GGAUUCGCUGGUAGUUUCUGUGAAACAUGUCCAUGCACUGAAUUGCUUGUAGACGGAUGCGAUUGUGGGAAAAAUUGAUUUUGAGGUAAACCCAGACGAUUUGUGCAUGAAGAAGAAAUUUCAUUGGUGAAUGGCGCUGGAAUGCGAAUAUUUUGAGGUGGAAAGUUUGAUGGCGGAAAGCGUGAGCCGUCCGCCAUGUUGGAUUUCAUUGACAAGCCAGGUUACAUAGCUAAGGGUGGUUACUAGUCUGAAGAAAACAAAGAUGGCGCCUACCUGUUGCACUGAACUUGGUGAAAAGUACUUCUGCUUUCUAAAUCAGGCGUUUAUUUCAGACCCCGAAAUUGAUGAAGUCGAUGUGAUACCUUGUUUUGACUGUUGUGGGAAGCAAAAUAAGGAAACAGAAGAUUUCAUUAUUCUAGUAAACCAUAAACUUGGUAUUAAAUCGUGUUGCUUGAGGCCUCUUUUCUUGUUUGCCUAUAAAAUGCUCUUGAAGAGAUGUAGAGAAAGGGAGAAGGAUUGUAGUCUUUCAGUGACAGAGACUGUUCAACUUAGUAGAGCUGUUUUGUUAGUGAAUGCUGAAUGUUACACAGUGUGGAAUAUAAGAAAGGAACUGAUAUCUGCAGGAGUUUUAAGUCUGGAAGAUGACAUCAAGUGUUCAGCUCUUGUUCUUUCAAAACACCCCAGGAGUGCUGAGACAUUUACUCACAGGAGAUGGACAAUAGAACAGCUUGAGAAACUUAAAGGCCAGGAUGAAUUUGUUCAUCGUUGUUUGAGAGGUGAACUUGCCAUAUCUCUACGAGCUGCUGAGAGCUAUGCCGAUAACUACACUGCAUGGAGUCACAGAUCAUGGCUGGUGGAAAGAUUCAUGAAAGACAGGAAAAAAAGAUUAUUUUGUGAACUUCAAGUCAUGAGAAAGUGGACAGAAAGGCAUAUAUCAGACAACUGCGGCUUCCAUCACAGACAAGUGUUACUGAAAUACCUCAAGAAUGUAUGUUCACACAGUGAAGUUUUGCAUUUGCUGCUGUCAGAAUUGGAAUUUACCAGUGAUCUCAUUUUAACCUUCCCAGGGCAUGAGGUCAUUUGGUAUCACAGGAGAUUUGUUUAUCAUUUUUGGAAUAAAUUCUGUACCCCUGGUACCUCUCUGGGUACACUGCAAGAGAUAUCAGGUUCUUCAAAGAUUGGUGAUAACAAUUCCUUAGAAAAUUGUAACAGAAUGUCAAGAAGAUCUUCUCCAUCAACCAUUCCUUCACUAUUUGAUUUAGCAAGUAGCUCGUUCAACUUGUUAAGAGAGUUGAAAUCUGGCUUUAAUUCAUGGACUUCUGUUUCUAAAGAGUUGACAAAUGAUGACAUGUUGGUGCCUCUAUCCACCCCCUCUGAGUUGAGGUUUUGUAAUGAUGUAGUUAUUAGAUGCCAAAGUGUGGAGGGUGAGAUACAGAGGAGAUUUGCAUCAAAUUAUAAAAAAUGGUUACUGCUGCAAAGUAAAUGUUCAUCUGAUGGCUGCAAUGUAGAAGUGUCAAGCACUGGAGAAGCAGCUACAGAGAGCUGACAGGGGAUAUUUGUUUGGGUUCCUCUGGCCACUUCUUCAUCAAAAGUGGAAUCAUUUCUAGUGCAGAGUUAAUAAUGCUUUCAACAUGUGGCAUCUGUAUGUAGUUAACUCAGGAUAAGUGCUUAACAGCCAAGCUAAGCCGAAAGCAUGAAGAUGGCCAAGUGGGUUUUUUAGAGUAUUGUAUGUCUGUAAAGCAGAAGUGAUGGACUCAAAACUGCCGAUGGGCUUUUUUUUCUCUUCGAAAGUGGAUUGGAUUGUCGUUCAUAGACUUCAGCAAAAAGUGACAACAAAUCCAUUACCGUUAUAAGGACCAGUAGAACGUAGGAAUCGCUCGGCGUUGCUUGAGUAUAAUGCAAUGAAUUACUGAAGUUAUUUACUUAAAAUACUAGGUUUUGUCUUUUGAAAAGAAAAGCAAAAGUUUCGCAAGAGGAAUGAUAAAAGACUGUCAUCAACCUUUUGACCAGUAAUAGUGACUGGCUUCUAGUUUCUCCAUACGUUAUCACCUUGAAUCAACUAUAAAGGUCAUGAGAGUUAAAGAAAUGAUCAUCAACCAAAAAAGUUCUUGAUUGUUAAACAAAUUCUCCUUGUCAGCACCUUAGGAAAUGUAUUGAGAACAGUAUGGAGAAUAUACAUGGUGAUGUUAGGUUGCAAAGGGUUAAAUUGUCUCAGUAGAGACAUGAAGUAUAGGAUGUGUAAUUUUCAAAGUUAUAACAAUGACUUUAAUCGGUUUGUUAGAGAUCGUAUCCCCUCGUUGA